AUGCAAGUUCAAUAUGUUGGGUGGAAGGUUAGCUCCCUCAUUGAUAAGCCUACUUGUUCUUGGAACCAGGUUCUGUUGAGGGAAAUGGUGAAUACUGAAGAAGGUGAUGUUAUUAGUAGAAUUCCUAUAAGUGUUAGUAAUGCUCCAGAUAAAUUGGUGUGUAGAUGUUCUAGCGAUGAUAAGUUCUCUGUAAAGAGUGCUUAUCACCUGCUUCGUGUUAUGGAGGCAAUUGCAUAUGGGGAGUCCUCGAAGAGAUUACUAAGGAAAGACUUAUGGGCUAUGAUAUGGAAGCUAAAUACUACUAAUGCUGUCAAAAUGAUGAUAUGGAGAGCAUGCCACGAGUCAUUACCCACCAACCAGAUUUUGUUUAAAAGAAAGAUUGUUGAAUCUCCUUUGUGCCCUGUGUGUAGAAUGGAACCUGAGUCAGCUUCUCAUAUUUUAUGGCGUUGCAAAUCAACUCAAGAUGUGUGGAGAUUUAGCUUCAAAAGACUGCAGAAGGUGGUAGUGUUGGAUUCAUCCUUUAAGGAUUUGUUAUGGAAAAGAAGGAACGCUGUUGUAUUUGAAGCAGAACAUGGAUUUCAAGGCUGCUAUCAGAAAAUUGAUCAGGGCAGAGUGGUUGAAAGUCAGAUUGUUUCCCAGUGGAGGGCUCCCCCUCUUCAUGUCUUUAAAGUCAAUUGUGAUGCAUCAGUUGAUAAAGUCAACUGCAGAGUUGGGGUAGGGGUCAUUGUACGUGACUGGACUGGGAAAGUUAUAGGCUCACUUCGAUCUCAACGUGAUCUUUUCCCUGAUGCAUAUCUAGCUGAGGCUUUUGCUACUCUUAAAGCUGUUAUUCUUGGUAAACAGUUGGGUUUGCAAAGCAUUAUUCUGGAGGGUGAUGCCCAAAAGGUGGUGAAUGAUAUUAAAGGGGCAGUAGAUCAUUGGACUCCUACUGGUUUGAUGAUUUCUGAUAUUAGAUUGUUGCUGCAACACUUCCAACAUUGGUCUGUUUCUUUUAUUCCUAGGAAAUGUAAUGGGCUGGCACAUUGUCUUGCAAAUGAUGCAUUAAAACUCUAUGAGAAUAGCAUUAUUUUGGAGGGUGUUCCUCCUUGUAUCCGUUCUAUGUUGCAUACUAUAUGA